UGGAUGCACGCAGUGGGAAAUCCUUGAUUGAAUGUUACGCCUAGCUGCGACUUAUCCAACAUGGCUGGCCAGGAAGAUCCAGUGCAAAGAGAGAUUCACCAAGAUUGGGCGAAUCGAGAGUAUAUAGAAGUAAUUACAAGCAGCAUCAAAAAAAUUGCCGACUUUCUUAACUCAUUUGAUAUGUCGUGCCGAUCUCGUUUGGCCACGCUAAAUGAGAAGCUGACAGCGUUGGAGAGGAGGAUUGAAUAUAUUGAGGCAAGAGUGACUAAAGGAGAGACCUUGACCUAGAACUCAUCAUGGAAAUUCAUUGCCUCCUAGUACCUGCCCUCCACACACACUGAAAUUUUGGAAUAAGUGAAAUAGGUUCCACCCUCAUUUUUUGCAACCAGUGGACCAUUUUUUAUUAUAUGACUGAGAUUUUUUUUUUCAUGACACAUUUGUAUAGAAGAUAUGCCUGUCUUGGGUUUCGGUAUCUCAAGCAUAAUCGAAGUUGCAAAACAAAAAUAAGCUCCAUAAUUGUCUUAAUUAUGGAUCUGGUAUCAGAACAAUUUGUUGACCAUCUGUGUUGUAUACAGUAUCAUUAUCACUUCAAAGAUUUGUGAAAGGGAAAUGUGCCAAGUUGAACAAGUACUUGUGUAGUCAUCUUUAUUAAGGACCUGCUUGUACAGUGAACUGUUUGGUGAUGUUUCAGGAUUUAAAUACUUUAAUAAAUGAUUAAAAUGGCUUAAUUUCAUGUUG